AUGGAGGACAGAGACUCUAAGAAACAGCCAGGUCUGCAGGUCAUCGGCGCUGGUCUACCAAGGACUGGAACGAACUCGUUGAUGAAAGCUCUUGAGAUACUUGGGUAUGGGCCAUGUCAUCAUACGGAAACCCUCGUUGGCGAAAGCUACCCAUACCGCAACAGUCGGCAAUGGCAAAAGGCGAUGGUGACUGAGGACCGGGAGACGAGGCAGAAGAUUCUACGUGGCCUGUAUGAGAAUGGAGGCUUCAGGUCGGGAUGUGACUACCCAACUGCCCUGUUCGUGGAUGAUCUUGUCCACAUGUACCCUAACGCGAAGUUCAUCCACGGCGUCCGCUCCUCCCCCGCCGCCUGGCGCGCCUCCGUCAACUCAACCAUCGCCCUAACCCACAGCAAAGCCCUCUACUACGCCUGCUAUCUCUUCCCGCCCAUGCGUCUCAAUCUCCAUCCCACCCUCUGCAACGGCCAGAUCUGCGAACGUCGUCGCCAUGGCGGCGUCGAUGUCUUUGAGCCCAGUGAUUCGGUUGAAAUCUACCAUCGUCACAACGACUGGGUGCGAAGAAUCGUGCCUAGGGAGCGGUUGCUGGAGUUCAAUCCGGCGGAUGGGUGGAAGCCGUUGUGUAAGUUUUUGGGGGUGCCAGUGCCGAGGGAUGGGGAGGGGAUGGUGAGGGAGUAUCCCCGGACUAAUGAUAAGGCGCAGUAUAGGAGUAUUUGGCGGGUGCUGAUGGUGAUGGGGUUGAUGUCGUGGGCGGUACUGUUUGGGGCGGUCUAUUGGGCGGUGAGACUUCUUGUGAGAUGA